AUGUCUUUACUACCAAUUUUGAUGGAUUUGGAUGACAGCUAUGUUGAUCCAUGGCGUUUCAGAUCUCGCUACCGCAACCCAUUGAACGAUUUCGCUUUGGGAAUAAAUUCACGAGAAUUGGAACAGCUUUUGACACUUCCAUCUGAGUUCCGACAACUCCAACAACGAUCCCGUGACUUGGAGCAUCGUCGCAAAGGCAUCAGCGAUAUGGUUCCAACAACUGGAAAAGAUGGGUUCCAGGUGUGCAUGGAUGUUCAACAGUUCUCACCAACUGAGAUUACUGUCAAGACGGUUGAUAACUUUGUGGUAGUCGAAGGAAAACAUGAAGAACGUCAAGACGAGCAUGGAUUCAUCACACGCCAAUUCACACGUCGCUAUGCAUUGCCAAAAGGUUACGACGCUGAAACCGUCAUUUCAACGUUGUCAUCUGAUGGCGUUUUGACCAUCAAAGCUCCACCACCAAAAAAUCAACUUGAGAACAAGGAACGAGUCAUUUCUAUUCAGCAAACCGGCCCGGCUCACUUGAAUGUGAAGGAGAAUAAGAAGGAAGAUGAAGGCAAGCCCAAUACCGAAAAAUCUGGUUAA